ACGGGCCCAUGUACAAAAAUGGAUGGGUCAUAUGAACCACCAGAUGACGUAUAUAGGACGAUAUAAGAGCAUAAAAUAAUACGAUUCAGCACUAUGCCGUCACUUGUAAGCUGUCCAACUGAGUGCUGGUGAGAAUUCAAAAGUGCAGAUCCACUACUCAUGGAACAAACUUUCAAUGUUCUGCAAGAAUAUGUAUGCGUUUUAUACAAUGUAAAAGCAAGAAAAACUGUCAACGAAGCAAGGUGUAUCAUAUUCGAUAGGAUUUAUACACCGAAAAGCUGUAAUGAAGCUUUCAAAAAGAAAGCUAUGAAAUUGGAAGCAACGUCGUUUCCCCCUUGUUUCAGGGAGUUAAAACAACAUAUGAAGAGAAGUACCUACAUAGCACAGAUUUGGUGUAAUGCCUACAAACAAAUACCGUCGACCUUGUUACCAAUAAGAUAUGGAUGGAUGUUCAAUGACGGUCGGUACGAUUUCGACUGGUUCCACGGCGAGGAAUGCCCCCAAAAAGUCAGUGACAUAACGGAACCGGAUGAGGAAUCAGGCGAAGAAAUUGAUGACGUCAUAGAAAAUGAUAGAGAAGAUAAUUCGGACGUCGAUGAAGACGUUGACUCCGAUAACAACUCAGCGGCUGAUUCCGAUACUGAUUAAUUUAAAUAAAAACCUUAUUUUGUAUUAUCAUCUUUAAAUAUAUCGAAUUUAUCUA